UUAAAAUGGCGUGGGGAGAAUAUCCAGCAGGCUACAAUCCAAAUGUACAUGGACCUUAUGAUCCAGCCCGCUUCUAUGGCAAAGCUGAUACUGCCCUAGCUAAAGUGAAACUAGGAGAGCUCACUUCUUGGCUUGGACGCAGGGAUUUGAGUUUGGGUGGCAUUUCAGGAGGCUUCAGCCGUGCAUUUUGGCGCUGGCAACACAAGUAUAUGCAGCCUAAAAAGGUUGGAAUUGCACCAUAUGUUCAGAUUACUGUUGGCGCCAUGAUUUUCUUCUACACUCUUAAUUAUGGAAAGAUGAAGCACCACCGCAAUGUUAAACACCACUGGUAAAAGUUGAUUGUGGAAACAGUCUACCAACUCCAACUGUAUAGCCAAUUCAAUAGCUUAUAAAAACCAAUACAUACAAACAAA